AUGGCCAGCAACACAUCAACACACAGCAAGCCCAACACGAUGCGCGCCUGGCUCUACUCGUCCGCCAGCGGCGGCUUGGAGCACGCCAUCAAGCUAACCGACGACGCGCCGCAGCCCCCGCAACCGCUCCCAAAAGACCAUGUCCUCGUCAAGGUCCAGAGCGCCUCGCUCAACCCCGCAGACUACAAGCUGCCCGAGAUGGGUCUCCUCGCGCGUGCCAUGAUAUCCGUUCCGGCCUCGCCCGGCAUGGACUUUGCGGGCACAGUCGAAAAAACGGGAGACGCCGUCGACACGUUUCGCGUCGGCGAGAAGGUCCUCGGGAGGGUGUUCGGCGCUAGGUUUGGCGCUUUGGGCGAAUACGUCUCUGCGCAGGUCGACGGGGUGGCUAGCCUUCCGGAGGGCGUGUCGGUGGAGCAGGGCAGCUGUGUGGGCACUGCCGGUCUGACGGCGUACCAGUGCAUCGUGUCAAACGUGAAGGAGGGCGACAAGAUCUUCAUCAACGGGGGCAGUGGCGGUACGGGGUCUUUCGGGAUCCAGAUCGCCAAGGCUGUGGGCUGCACUGUGACGACGAGCUGCUCGGGGAAGAACAUCGAGCUAUGCCGCAGCCUAGGGGCAGACGAGGUCAUCGACUACACCAAGGAGAACGUCAGCGAGGUGUUGAAGGGCCAGGGCAACAUCUUCAAGCUGGUGGUGGACAAUGUCGGCACCCCCACCGAUCUUCACAAGGCCGCAGAUCACUUCUUGCUUCCAGAGGGCAAGUUCGUUCAGAUCGCUGGCGACAUGUCCCUGGGCUCCCUCAAGACCACCUUUACGAGGAUGCUGCAGCCCGCCUUCCUGGGCGGCGGCAAGCAUAAGUGGGAGUUUCCCAUGACCAAGAACAAGCCCGAGGAUCUGGCUCAAAUUGCGACGUGGAUGAAGGAAGGCAAGGUGAAGGUGGUGAUUGACGAAGUCUUCCAGUACGAGGAUGCGCCCAAGGCAAUUGAGAAGCUCAAGACUGGACGGGCGAAGGGUAAGGUGGUGGUACGGGUCUCGGAGUAG